AAGUAUCUGUUAUCGCUAUAAAAAAAUAUUAUAACUAAAGAUCUAAAAUGUAAAAAUGAAGUCUGGAAAAUUAAAAAGGAAUUUUUGGUUAACUGCAGAAAUUGAAUGCAUGCUUAAUUUAAUAAAAGAAGUAAGAGUUACUCAAGAACCCACACACAGCACGACGACGCACAGUACUUUUACUCAAAUUGCCAGCAAAAUGAAAAGGCAUGGAUUCCCAAACAAAUCGCCAACUCAAGUUCGUCGAAAAUGGUUUCAGAUGAAGUCUGCGUAUCUUUGUUACAAAAAAGGAAACGUGGAUAGGCUCUUCUUAAUACCUGAGAAAUUUCGAAGCGUAAUUGCUCAAUUUGUUGAAAAUGGAAGCAAAGUGCGACGAGUUCCCUCAACUACACCACCGACAAAUGAGUGCAAAAUGCAGCACCAAAUAAAACCGGAGUCGGCAGUCGAUGUAUUUUUAGUCCAACUCAAACAAAGUAAUAGUUUAUUGAAUGUUGAAUUCAAUAAAUUGGAAUCAGCACUUUUAAAUUAUGAGCAAAGGUGCCAAUCAAUGCGAGAUUACAACAUAAUAAAAUAUAUGACUUCCUAAGAAAGAAUUCUUGAUUUAAAAA